UAUUUUCCUACCUGCUGUAACCCUCUCCACAAUCUGGAUACCAUCUACCUAAUUGGGCCACCCGCUCUCGAAGUUGCCUGUUUCGGAAGUCCUCUUGAACCCAUACCAAGCCUCAACUGACGAGUCGGGCCACACGUCCCUAGUGGGGACAGGGGGGUUGAACAUCGACUCCCAUGAUGUGUUUCUCUAUAAGAAAUUUUUUAACCACAGCCUGGGCAAUGGCAUGGUCUUUCAGUGUCUAUUGCAGUUGGCAAAGAUCUGGCAUGAUAUCCAUCCCGUCGCUUGCAUCCUUAUCAGCAACUGUUGCAGCGCUAGAUUCGCAUCUUGUCUUGACUCGCGCAACAUUCCGAGAAUGUUUUGUAGAUGGCUCUGGAAACAUAGGCUUUCUUCCAGCCAGCCCUGGUCGAGUGUAAGGACAGCAACACGCCAAUGACGUAACAAGAG